CGAGUAACCAAGCUGCCAAGUUACAAAUCUCGGUUUAGUUCUAUACCUUACAUAUGUAAAGUAUUCAUUUAAAACUCGGGUCUACGAUCUUAAUAAUAGCACUUGCUAUCAAAUUAUCAACCCGGUAACGCUUCACCAUAUUUUCUACUUAGUCAGCACUCAACUACCUUAUUUAUCACCACCAUCUAUCUUCCAUCUAUCGUGAAUACGAAUACGUCACAACGAACACCGGCCAUAAUGGCGGCUCCGAAGCAUGAUCCUCUUGAGAUCCUAGACAAGAUGUUUAACGAAGUUCUUGUGCAAACUGGGAAGCAUCUCAAAGCAAAUUCCAAGGAUGGUCCAAGGAACGUUAGCGCGAGCAACGCGAUACGCGCAAAGACGUCAGAUUCAAUGACGACGUAUCAUUAUGCUUUGGACGACCUUGAAAGCGAAAUUAUUAGGGCCAAGGCCGUUAUUCUGCGGGAUCUGGAGAAGCUACAUGCAGCCCGAGCCCCCGUUCCUGUUCCCGCUCCAGCUCCCGUUCCCGCUCCCGCUCCGCAGCCUGUGGCACCACCGGCACCAAUGAUGGAAUUGCCGUCCUCAGCGGCACACACUAUGAGCGCCCCAGCCUUUGCUCCCAAGCAAGAGCACAAGCCGACAGCCCCAUUCCCCGAUAUGGGUAUGGGCAUGGGCAUGUCUACUGACGUAGUUGACCUGACCUCUAACGACAAGAAGCCAUCGCCACGGGUCUCAACCAGUGCUAUCAGGCCGCCAGUCAGAGCCAUUCCGCCGGUAAAGAACGAAGUGAAGCCAUCUCCAAAGCAGCUACAUAAACCCUCACCCAAGCUAGCUCAACCCAUCAAGGUAACCCCAGUGCCUCCGCCGCAGAUCCCCCGGCUGCAACCUCCUCAACCAUCUGCCAUAGGACCAGCGGCUACAACCCAACCGCAACCAGCAGCGCCGAGUGCCCAACCCAGUAGACAGGUCCAAACUACACCAGCAGCACAAGCCGCCCAGGACGCGACUCUGAACGCGACGUUGGUUCCUGCUAACGCCGUAGGUGGCGAUACUAAUGCAGCAGGGGGUAGCAAUGCGCUAGGCUUCACAGACAUGCAAUUCUCCCUUGCGCCAUCGAACGCUGAAGCAUCGGGCGCACCUCCGGCUCCGAUGCCUGAAUUUGAUCUAACGACGUUCGCUCCGCAGGUAGGGGGUAACGACAUGCCACUAAAUUCCUCUAAGCUUGGCAACACUACUGUAGGGACCGCUGCAGGAACCAGUCAGAACAAUAUAACGGUACCCCCACAGCAACCAAAGGGAGAAGAUAAAACUGAUACAAACCUCGAUGACUUGUUCAACCUGGACAAUACCAACGGCGGAACGGACAACAUGUUUGACUUGGGAGGCGGAGGUGUCAAUGAUAGUACAUUUGACGAUAUGAUGUACUUCGACAACAAUAACGACGCGGAUCUAGCACAGUUUGACGAAGAAUACUUCAACUUCCAGUAGCAGGUCAGAUGAAUGGUUUAUAUCACCGUUCUUGGUGAAAAGAACGAAGAACCUACGGUAGCAGAUCUUGAAAAGAGGUAUAUCAUCGUCACAUUCCAGGGGGGUGGGGCGGCAUUUUAGGCAACCCCUUUCUUAGCUCCGGCCUUGGUAGGGAUUAUAGUUGGUAGAAUAUACUGGACGAUGGAGUAAUUCGUCAUAGAAGAUCCUAAGUAGCGUACAAUAUAUUAUUAUUUUAAUCCUACA